AUGGGGCCUAUCCUUGAGCCAAACCCAGACCUCCCAGUCACGAUCCUCGACCUGAUCCAAACUAGCUUUACCCUAUGCUUCAGGGUACCGUGGGUCAUUGGAACAACGCUGCUCCGUCGUUGGUUGCCCUGGAACCAGACCUAUAAGCCCCCACCCGUGCGAGAACACCUGUUUCGACAUGUCAUGACCUGUAUAGGAAACCACGUCCCGCUCUCGGUCUGGCAAUGGUACACAGCCUCGGAUACGAGCGGGUCAAGCCUCAAACACUCUACUCGUUAUGGACAUCUCACGCAUCUGUUCGAGCCGGUUAGGACGCCAAAAUUCUGUGGUUACUGGAUAUGUCGUGGAAUGUCUGAGGAAGCUGUCCAUCCUCGCAAUGCUGAUCUCGUGGUCUUUCAUGCUCACGGUGGUGGGUAUGUGACGGGCCAUCCAAGUGCCGGCGCUCCAGAGCACGUUCUUCUCGCCGAGACGCUCCAACAGCAUAACAUAACCACGGCCAUAUUCUCGCUGGAUUACACACUCUCACCGAGAGGGGUAUUCCCGAAGCAGCGAGAUGAGGCGUUGGCGGCGUAUGACUGGCUGUGCGGCGACAUGGGUGUUGAUCCGUCGAAGGUCGUUGUAAUUGGGGAUUCGGCUGGAGCGCAUCUCAUACUGUCGCUGCUCGUCGGGUUAUUUGAGCGACGCCGUCGUUCAGUCGACGAGAAUGGCCGAGACUUGCGCCCAGCAGCUGCCGUGCUAGUGAGCCCCUGGACCAACCUGCACACAUCCCAUCCCCGCGUGCUAGAUCUGCACUGGGAAGAGCGGCUCUUCAAGCGCUCACUUGAUACGUACUGUAAAUGGUUACUGCGCGAUGUGACUCCUGAGCUAGAUGUGCUCUACGGCAACUUUGCCCUUGGACGUGAGGCGCGUGGAUCGUGGGCUGACAUACUUCCUGCUCGAACCUGGGUAACCGCCGGCUCUGAAGAGCUCGUUUUUCUCUACGAUAUCGAGGAUUUUGUGAUGCAGGCCAAGGUGGAUACAGCUGAUGUUGUUCUUGACGUUGCCACUGGAAAGGACCAUGCGUGGCAGUGUGCAGAAGCAUUCACGCAGCACAGCCGGUUGCUGGCUCUGCCACGGGAUGAGCAAUUCCCCAGUGAUUUGAUGGUGGGAUACAGAGAGCUAGCGAUGAAUAUACUGAAAGUCAUCCGGGCAGAACCGUCCGGGUGA